AUGACCGCGUACGACUGUAUUGUCAUUGGCUGCGGUCACGCAGGUAGCUGUGCAGCUCUUGCCGCGGUAGAAUCUGGCUGCAGGAAAGUCUUAAUUGUCGAGAAAUCCCCGAAGGAAUGGGCCGGCGGUAAUGGUUACUUUACUGCCGGUGCUCACCGUACCGUUCACAACGGACUGCACGACUUGCUGCCCAUCGUAAACAAUGUGACAGUUGAGCAGGCAACGUUGAUCGACAUGGAACCAUACACGACGGAAAAUUACAUUGCUGAUAUCAUGCGACUAGGGAACUCACAGUCUGACCCUAUAUUAGUGAAGUCUAUGGUUGACCAUUCGAGGGACGCAGUCGAGUGGUUGGCACGUCACGUCGGCAUACCAUUUAUCCUUGCAUUUCACAGGCAAGCCUACGAAGUAGGGGGAAGGCAGAAAUUCUGGGGUGGCCUGGCGCUGAGCGUGGAAGAUGGAGGGAAGGGACUGAUUGCGGCCCAUUUGCGCGCGCUCGAGAAGGCAGGGGUAGAGGUCUGGUUUGAUUCCCCGGCUGUCGAGCUUGUGAUGGAGGAUUUUGCAGUGAGAGGUGUGAUUGUGAAGAAGAAUGGCCAGAAGGUCCAGCUUAGCGCGACGGCUGUCAUCUUGGCGGCAGGUGGAUAUGAAUCUAGUCGUCAGUUACGUGAGAAAUAUCUCGGUCCUGGUUGGGACAGAGCAAGGGUCCGAGGAACUCCAUAUAACACGGGGGAUGGGAUCGCAAUGGCCCAAGCCAUUGGGGCAAAACUUACAGGCGAUUGGGAAGGGUGUCAUAGUACGUGUUGGGAUGCAAAUGCUCCUGCGGAUACUGGGGAUCGCGUGAUGAGCAAUCAGUUCACCAAGUCUGGUUAUCCGCUGGGAAUCAUGGUGAACGUCAAAGGAGACAGAUUUGUCGAUGAAGGUCAAGACUUUAGGAAUUACACCUAUGCCAAGUUUGGGCGGGCGAUUCUGCAACAACCAGAAGGAUGCGCGUUCCAGAUAUUUUCUGGCAAGAUUGUUGAAUUGCUUCGCAAAGAGGAAUACGCAGACGAAAUCGUGGAGAAAAUCGGGGCUUCAAGUCUAGAAGAGUUGGCAGAUAAGCUGGUUGAAAAAGGUUUGGAAGAGAAGGAGAAUCUUCUGCGGACGAUACGCGAGUACAAUGCUGCUGUAAGAAGUCAUCGAGCCGAAUAUCCAGGUUUACUGUGGGACCCUUCUGUCAGAGACGGGUUGUCAACGCAAUCGAGUCAUUCUUCGCUUACACUGCCAAAAUCUAACUGGGCUCUACCUCUUGAGGAUACGCCCUUCGUGGCUGUCAAGGUUGCGUGUGGCAUUACUUUUACGUUUGGAGGCCUGGCGAUUGAUCCCAAUACGGCUGGGGUCCUUAGCGAGGAAAGCGGGAAACCUAUCAAAGGCUUGUUCUGCACAGGAGAGAUGGUGGGUGGUUUAUUCUAUUCCAACUAUCCGGGAGGUAGCGGUUUGACUGCGGGGGCUGUUUUCGGGAGGAAAGCUGGGUGUGAAGCUGCGAGCUUGGUUCGAGACCGCAGUUAGCAGUGCACAAUGGGAGUCCUAGAAAGUUUGUUUGUGAUGUUCUGCGCAAUCAAGGAAGCCUCCGUUUCGGUUUUCUGGAUGGUAGCCAUGAACUUGUUAUCUGAUUAGCCAUGUGAGAGAUGGGGUUUUAGGCAAGGCAC